AUGCAGCACAAGUUGAAGGGGAACAUGGCAGCUGGCAUCAGUGUUAAACAUGGACUGUUAAGGAGUAAGAGCUCGCUUAUUUACGCUCUUCACACAAAGAUAACAACCAAGAGUGUAUUUAUACAUGGAACGUCUGAAAUACAGAGUGUGAGAGCAUCAAGCAGUUCGACUGGAGACUCUCAACACACUGAAAAGUACUGUCUGGACCUGGUCAGGUCCAGAGACUACGAAGGCUUCUUGUCAUGUCUCCUCCUUCCAGAGGAAGCACGGCGCUCUUCUCUGGCUCUGAGGGCCUUUAAUGUGGAGCUGGCACAGGCAGGUGAAGGACUCCGUUUCGCAGAAGACCAUUGGUUUGAUGCGGAUGCAGUUCUGGAAGACGGCUAUAGAGGAGAUCUACAGAGACGAUCCUCCAAACCAACCAGUCAGCACGGAGCUGUGGAAGGCAGUGAGGUCGCACAGCCUGACAAAGAGGUGGCUGCUAAGGAUCAUCACAGAGAGACUGAUCAUUUUCAAAACUGUUUGUUUCACCAGGAAAAGGAUAUGGAUGACAAAGCUUACAGAAACCUCCAGGAGCUGGAGAAGUAUUCAGAGAACACACAGUCCUCCUUAUUGUACCUGCUGCUGGAGUGUUUAGGGGUGAAAGACGUCCACGCCGACCACGCUGCGAGCCACAUCGGUAAAGCUCAGGGAAUCGUAACGUGUCUGAGAGCGGCUCCUCACCAGGGACGCCGGCGGAAGGUCUACCUGCCCAUGGACAUCUGCAUGUUGCACGGAGCUUCGCAGGAGGACUUCAUCCGCGGCAGCCGGGAGCAGAACAUUCGAGAUGUUGUCUACGACAUCGCCAGCCAGGCCCACGUGCACCUGCAGCAUGUAUGUACCGCUCCCCCAAAGAACCAUCAAAAGCAAGUGGACAUUAAAGCGCCACAUCCAGAUGCUCGAUCAUUUAGCCACAGCGUUCCAGCAGCUGCCAACCCGGCCUUCCUUUGCACAGUGGUGCUGGAAGACUAUCUCCAGAGAGUGCGGAAAGCCGAUUUUGACGUGUUCCACAAUAGUCUGCAGAACAGGAACCCGCUCCUCCCCAUCCAGCUGUACCUCCGCUCCUGGAAGAACACUUACUGAAUUCAGUCUUCAGUCCCCGUCAGGUCGCCUCAGUCUGACUUCAGCCUGGGUGAGCGGCAGGAAUCUCCCAAUCCUGCCGGCGGAGCCUUCCUUUAGCAGGUUUACUAAGAAACCCAGACUCUUUUGAACCUGUGCACUGCCACUGAGAUCACCCUUUUUCCGUACACCCUGCAGACCACAGCUGACAUUUGCUCCUCCAAAUCCCACACCAGCUUUGGUGGUUAAAAUAAAUCUUGUCUGAGAUAGAAGUUUGUCUUGUAAUGUGUGGUCAUGGGAAAGUGUUCCAAAAAAUAAUGUAAUACUUGUCUUCUACAAGCUUAAAGGAUAAUUAUUACUAAUUUGAGCCUGGGUCUUUAUUUGCAGUCAUUCUAACCAGUAAAAAUUUGACAAACAGGUUUAGAUGUACAAAUGAGCGUGUUUCCAGUUGUUUGCCCUGGAAAUUGAUUUUUUCUAUGAGAAUGCCACAUGGUUUCAGCACAGUAAAUGCUUUAUCCUCUAAAUGUCCAAACAAAACUGAAAUAAGUCAAAUCAUGGAGAUUUAGGGGGUAUCCAGAUGGUAAAACUUCUAUGGUAAAACCAUCCAAUUACAGACAAGAUCUAUUGAUGUAAAUAUCGCAAACUUUUGGGUGUCAGGCAAGCUGCUUGGUCACUUUGAAUUUAUUGCCCGGU